AUGGCCGAUGCACCCGCUCCCGACCCAGUAAAGGAAGAAAAGAAAAAACGUGCCGAACAAAAGAAGCUAGAAAAAUUAGAAAAAUUUAGAGCCAAACAGGAGAAGUUAGCUCAGGUCGCCGCAGCAAGCAAGAAAGACAAGCCAAAGAAAGUAAAGGCCAUCAAUACUGAUGCACCUAUAGACAAGACACCGAUUGGAGAAAAAAAGAUCUUGAUCUCUCCAGAGAUGCCGGAGAUGCCAUCCGUAUAUAAUCCAGCAUACGUUGAAUCUUCUUGGUAUGCAUGGUGGGAGAAAGAAGGUUUCUUCAAGCCCGUAUUGACACCCGAUGGCAAACCGAAACCAGAAGGUCUUUUCGUUGUGCCCAGUCCGCCGCCGAAUGUUACGGGAUCUUUGCACAUUGGACAUGCACUUACUAUCGCGAUUCAAGACACCCUGGUCCGAUGGAACCGCAUGCUGGGGAAAACUGUAUUGUUCAUACCCGGAACAGAUCACGCGGGUAUUUCUACCCAAUCCGUUGUUGAAAAGAAACUAUGGGUUGAUAAACAACUUACGCGUCAUGAUCUUGGACGUGAAGAUUUCGUUGCGCAAAUAUGGAAAUGGAAAGAAUUAUACGGUGAUCGUAUUCAUAUGCAAAUGAAGCGUUUAGGUGCCUCUUACGAUUGGGAUCGUGCUGUAUUUACCAUGGAUCCGAUGAUGUGUAAAGCUGUGAAUGAGAAUUUCUGUCGCCUUCAUGAGCAAGGCCUUAUUUAUCGUGCGACACGUAUGGUCAAUUGGUGCGUGCGACUUAAUACUGCCCUGUCUAAUCUCGAAGUCGAUUACGAAAGACUUUCCAACAGAACAUUCCUAAAAGUUCCUGGGUAUGAGGAGAAAGUUGAGUUUGGUGUCAUGUAUAAUUUUGCAUAUCCGAUUGAGGGAUCAGAUGAGCGCAUUGUGGUCGCUACAACUCGUCCAGAAACAAUGUUGGGUGAUACAGCAAUUGCAGUGCACCCUCAGGAUACACGGUUUACGAAAUUCCAUGGCAAAUCCGCUGUUCAUCCAUUCAACGGUCGUAAACUUCCUAUCAUACUAGACGAUUCCGUAAACAUGGAAACUGGUACCGGUGCCGUGAAGAUAACCCCCGCCCACGACUUUAAUGAUUAUGGAACUGGAAAACGACAUAACCUAGAAUUUAUCAACAUUUUUAAUGAUAAUGGUACCUUAAAUGCUAAUGGAAGUCCAUUUGAGGGAAAACGGAGGUUUGACGUUCGUAAAGAAAUUAUCGAAGAAUUGAAGAAACUUGGUUUAUACGAGGGUGACAAAAAUCACCCUAUGGAUAUUCCGUUUUGCAGUCGAUCAAAAGAUGUUAUAGAGCCCCUCCUCAAACCUCAGUGGUGGGUGAACUGCAAGGGAAUGGCUCAGGAUGCUAUAGAUGCUGUGAGAUCUGGUAGUAUAACCAUUCGACCUUCCACAUCGAAAGACGAGUGGUUUAGAUGGCUAGAAAAUAUAAGGGAUUGGUGUAUCUCGCGACAACUGUGGUGGGGGCAUCGGAUACCUGCUUAUUUCGUCAAAAUUGAAGGUUUAAAUCAAGAUAAAGCGGAUGAAGAAUUUUGGGUAUCUGGGCGUACAUUAGAAGAAGCGCAACAGAAAGCAGAAAAAAAGUUUUCGGGCAAGAAAUUCAGUCUGGAGCAGGAUCAAGAUGUGUUGGAUACGUGGUUUUCGUCAGGCUUGUGGCCAUUUGCUAUACUAGGGUGGCCGGACAAGACCGAUGAUUUUGCAAACUUUUAUCCAACAAACUUGUUAGAAACUGGUUGGGACAUUAUCUUCUUUUGGGUGGCCCGGAUGGUAAUGCUUGGCAUAAAGCAUACGGGAACCGUGCCAUUCAACGAAGUAUUCUGCCAUCCCAUUAUUCGGGAUGCGCAAGGCCGUAAAAUGAGUAAGACUCUUGGAAAUGUUGUAGAUCCCGUGGAUGUUAUCGACGGCAUAUCUUUGGAGAGAUUACAUGCGAAGCUUCGUGAAGGAAAUCUUGACAAGGAUGAAAUUGAGAGAGCUCAAGUCGGACAGAAGGAAAAUUUUCCUGAUGGCAUUCCGCAAUGUGGAACUGACGCUUUGCGAUUUACGCUAUGUAAUUAUACGACUACUUCAGCACGUAAUAUAAACCUUAACGUUAACGUGCUAUUUAGUGAUCGUACCUUCUGUAAUAAAUUAUGGCAAGCCACGCGAUUUGCCUUGAAAAGACUUGGCGAUGACUUUGUACCGCAACCUACAGAGCAGAGAACAAACAAGGAGACGAUAGGGGAUAGAUGGAUUCUUCACCGUUUAAAUGAUACCGUAACAAAAGUUAACGAAGGGCUUCAUAACAGGAACUUUAAGAGUGUCACUGAUAUUGCAAGAGGGUUUUGCUAUUACGAUUUGUGCGAUGUCUAUUUGGAAUGGAUAAAACCGAUAACAAGUGAUCAAGCCGAUGCAGAACGGAAACGAUCAUCUCAGGACACUCUCUACACAGCUUUAGAGGCAACACUUAAAAUGCUACAUCCGUUCAUGCCUUACAUAACAGAGGAAUUAUACCAACGCCUACCCAGAAGACCUGGCGAUACGAUCCCAACGAUUAGUUUAGCAAAAUAUCCGCUUGCGAAUAAGGACUAUAUUGAUACAGAGGCGGAAGAAUUGAUUAAUUUAGCGCUUGAGGCGGUCAAAGCGGCGCGGACAAUCGUGAAAGAUAACUACGAAGGACAGAAGAAUAAAUAUGAACUAUACAUCCGGGAUGACAAGGGUUUAAGGGUAUUUGCGGAAGAUGGUGACAGCAUUGGCUCAUUGGUUGGUAUAAAGACCGUCAAGAUUCUUAAUGAAAGUGAGACCCUUCCUGACGGGAUUGAGACGUUGAAGACGGAUCAUGGAAUCGAUGUAGCUAUAAAGAAGUUAUAG